UUCGAAAGUGCAUUUUGCAUUUUCAAGGAAAUUAAAGAAAUAACCUUAAAUUAGUUUUUUUGAAACCAUUAUUGCUUAGAAUCGCAACUUAAUAGAACUUAUUACAAUAUCUACUACUUAUUUAAUUUUCAAGGGACUUUGAAUAGCUGUGUUGUGAAAUAAAAGUGCGAAGAUUAUAAAUUGCAUCUGACUGAUUGACAGAUGCAUAAUUUAUUUCUGUAAUUCGAAAAUUGUUUUGUGCAGAUCUUGAUUAAAUGAUUUGCCGAAAGUACGGUACGUCGAUGCCUUAGUGACCGUAAAUCACAUUAAAAUAUAGGUAAUUUCGACCGUGACUAUGUCUCUUCGCAGUUUCUACAGAGGACCCUGUAACUCACAGGAGAUAUGUGAAGGACAACCAAACAUAAUUAUUCAUUGAGCGACCGACCAAUGGCAGAAUGCGGCCCUUGGCAGCGCUUCAGGGAAAUUUACGUUCUGCCUUCAUUCGUCGAGUCUGAGGCGAAGGGACCAAUCUGCAUGGGUUCGUUCGCACGUGGCGCUGGGGGGGCGGCGUGGCACGUGCUUGCUUGGCUCGUGGAGGGGCGCCCGAGGCGGGAUCUGCGUGUACGCAUUGCGUGUGCGCGGUGCGUACGCAACAGUACAACCACGACGAGGAAGCGUCACGACCGUACGCUUGGAAUAUGUCCGUAAUAAAUAAAAAAAUAAAAAAAGACUCAAGUGAGGUGCGGUGUUGGGAAAAUGCGCGGCGUUCUCGAAGAUCCUUGGACUUUUUCUGAUCUAACAUCUGCCUUGGACGUUGUUAAGCACAAAAAUGUGCACAUGAUGUCCGCAGUCAGUGGGGAGCCCAUGCUACGCCGCGUCAAACAGGAAACGGAUCCGUCGCCGCAGUACUCGCCCCCCGAGCCGCAGCCCCCACACCCCCAGCCGCUGCACCCCCGACCGAUGCCCUUGAUGCAACCGGAGGUACCUAUGCCUCUCCAACAGUUGGAACUCGAGACUAAGGACGUGAAGUUCUGCGUUUCGCCCGAGGACGGCACCAUCGUGGGCAACACCAGCCCCGAGCAGCAGCACUGCUCGUCCACGACCGCGGCUGCCGCCAGCGGCAACCGGGACGAGGACACGCCGCGCAGGCGGUGCCUCGUUUGCGGCGACGUCGCCUCCGGCUUCCACUACGGAGUCGCCAGCUGCGAGGCUUGCAAGGCGUUCUUCAAGAGGACCAUACAGGGCAACAUCGACUACACUUGUCCGGCGGCGAACGAGUGCGAGAUCAACAAGCGGCGGCGCAAGGCGUGCCAGGCGUGCCGCUUCCGCAAGUGCCUGCGCACCGGGAUGCUGCGCGAGGGCGUGCGCCUGGACCGCGUGCGCGGCGGCCGCCAGAAGUACCGCCGCGCGCCCGAGCAGGCCCAGCCCAGGGUGCAGCUCGACGACAUCAAGGUGCUGGAGGCCCUGCUGUCGUACGAGCCGGAGCCGUUCGCGUGCUCGGCGGCGCCCCCCGGCGUGACGGAGCCGGCCGCGCGGACGCUGGCGCUGCUCGCCGACCUGUACGACCGGGAGCUGGUCGAGAUCAUCGGCUGGGCCAAGCAGAUACCCGGCUUCACGGACCUGCAACUCAACGAUCAGAUGCGCUUGUUACAAAGCACUUGGGCCGAGAUGCUGAGUCUCAUGGUGGCGUACCGCUCGAUGUCCAGCGGCGCCAACCUCAAGCUGCGGUUCGCUUCGGACCUCACGCUGGACGAGCAGGAGGCCCGCGACAUCGGGGCCACCGAUCUGUUUCUACAGGUGUCGGGCGUGGUGCGGCGGCUGGAGCGCGCGGGCGCCGUGCGGGAGGAGUGCGUGCUGCUGAAGGCGCUGGUGCUGGCCAACUCGGAGGCGCGCCUCGACGAGCACCUCACGCUGCGCCGCUUCCGCGAGCAGAUCCUGCAGGCGCUCAACGAGGCCGUCGCCGUGCUGCGGCCGUACGGCGCCAACUCCGCGCUGCAGCAGCUGCUGCUGGUGCUGCCGGCGCUGCGCCACGCGGACGUGGCCGUGCGCCGCUUCUGGGCCGCCGUGCACCGCGACCGCCGCGCGCCCAUGAACAAGCUCUUCGUCGAGAUGCUCGAGGCCUGUCUGCGGUAAGCCGAGCCCGACCUCCGUGCGCGACGACUGUUAAUCAUCAAUGCUCCGCGCCUGACGACCGUCUAUAUAACACACCCGGGAGCCACAUAAGCAAACAGGCGGAAUCCUAAAACGCUA